AUGCAUGCUCCUGGGAACGGACCAGUCUUUGCCAUUUAUUAUUCUGUUCUUGCCGCUUUCGGUGUUCUAGCCAACCUGGUGACGAUUGCGAUCCUGUCUCAAGGAAAGUGCGGGCUCUCCAAGUGCAUCACUCGCUACCUGGUGUCCAUGGCCAUGACAGAUUUUCUGGUCAUUGUCACCGCUGUGAUAUUAAGCCGGCUCCGGGCGAUAUAUUUCCCAGUUACAUUCCUGUCCACCACCCCGGCCUGCAGUCUGAUUAUUGUCCUCAGCUGCGCUGCCAGAGACAUUUCCGUUUGGUUGACGGUCGCGUUCACCUUCGACCGAUUCAUCGCCAUUUGCUGCCAACAGCUAAAGCUGAGGUACUGCACCGAGAAAACCGCGGCUUUUGUGAUAGGAGCCGUCUGCGUGGUGGGCUGCCUGAAAAACGUUCCCUUUUACUUCAUAUACGAUCCUGUUUAUGUUGCGAAUAACAUACCUUGGUACUGUAGCAUCAAAGACAGUAAUUACACUGACGUUGGCUGGAGGGUUUAUGACUGGCUGGACCGAAUCUUGAACCCCUGCCUCCCGUUCCUCAUGAUCCUGCUGUUCAACGCUUUUACAGUCAGAUUCAUUCUAGCCGCCAGCAGAGCUCGCAGGAGACUCCGGGCCCAGAGCAACGGCGAGAAACAGAGUGACCCCGAGAUGGAGAGCAGGAGAAAGUCUAUCAUUUUACUCUUCGCCAUCUCGGGCAGUUUUAUUCUCUUGUGGUUGACCUACGUUGUAAAUUUUGCCUUUGUACAAAUUACAAGCAACACCUACUCCGUCGUGUCAAAUGGCAACGAUCCAAAGUUUAUCCUGCAAGAAAGCGGGUACAUGUUGCAGCUUCUCAGUUCCUGCACCAACACGUGCAUUUACGCAGGGACGCAGACCAAAUUUAGAGAGCAGUUGAAAGGCGCCGCGAAAUAUCCAUUUGAUUUACUUACCCGACGAUUGAAACAAGGAGGUUAA